AUGGCCAUGAAAUCCCUCGCAUCAAUCUAUGGGCAAGACGGUCAAUUGAAAAAUGCCGAGAAGAUGUGGAAGAAAGUCCUUGCAAGAGCCAAGAAAGCUUUCGGGCCCGAUGACGAGCGUACUCUGGAGGCUAUGAACGAGCUAGCCUCGGUUUAUUACAAACAAGAACGGUGGAGAAAGGCUGAAAAGUCCCUGGCACUGGUAAUCAAUGCCUUCAUGAAGCUUUUCGGGGGAAAGGACAAGCGAACUACCAAGCGAAUAAUUGACUUAACAUACACUCUCAUCAUGCAAGGGAAAUUGAAAGCUGCCGAGAAACCAGCCACCGAAGCGGUAGAGUUGCUUAGAGAUAUGCUUGGACAAGAAGAUCCUCAAACCCUAGCCGGUAUUGAGAUUCUGGCAGUUGUCUAUGAAAGGCAGAAGUCAUGGAACCGCGCCGAGACGCUACGCACCCAAAUUUUGGCGACUCGAAAAAGUGUGCUUGGAAAGGAGCAUCAUGAUACGUUGCGAAGCAUCGCAUCCCUUGCGACCGUAUAUAUGAACCUUCAACAAUGGAACCACGCGGAAGUUCUCUGGGCUCAAAUCCUGGCAACUCGGAAGCAUUCGCUCGAGCUAGGGGACAUGCAAAGCCUUUUAAGUCAGGCCAGCCGUGGGUUGGGCUUAUGUCUCCAAGAGCAGCUGGGAUCUCUGAAAGACAGAACCAGUGACAUAAUUGUGCAAAUGCGAGAUCAGACUCUUAUCGAAUGGGGGAACUAUACCUUGGCUCAUUUGAGUCCAGCGAGAUACAAAGAAGCAGAGAAGAAAUGGGUAGAGAUCAGCGCAGAUAGCUUCUGGUUCGUUGGGUUUGAACACCGAAACACUUUGACAAGCAUAAGCAUUCUCGCACUAAUAUACCAACAUCAGGCAAAACUCCGAGAAGCUUUGUCACUCGGGAUCAUGGUGUGGGUAUUCCGUGGGAAAGUGCUUGGCCCAGAGCAUACCGACACUCUGAGCAGUAUGGACCAUCUUGCCAAUACUUUGAAGCUGUCAAAGUAUGACCAGAUGGCCUCACAUUUGAUGACUGAGUGUAUUCGACUUCUUGGCCGAGUUUUGGGCUCUGAUCACGCCGACACGAAAUCUUCAAUGGCUUCUUUGAGGGAUUGGCGUGACUCGGAUAAUCAUGCGCCUUGCAAUGACAUUAAAGAGCAGCUCAAGAUAAUGUUGCAAGAUUGCCGCACGGCUGAUGCAUUCCCCAAGAUAUUCGAGGAAAUGUUGAAGGGUUAUAAGCGGAAGUAG